UGUACAGUCAUUCAUUCAUUCAUUUAUUUAUGCAAUUAACCCUAUCGUGACAAUAAUAUUGGUCCCGUAAAUUUUAUUUAACUUAUCUGAGUCAUUUCUUCAAAUAUCAUUUUCAAAUGAAAAUAUUUAAAUGAUUUAUCUUUAACUGUUUGUGCUCUAAUAUUUCUAAGAAACCCUGUUGUUUUUUUUCUUUCUCUUGUAGCAAAAUAUCUUUUAAAUAAGGUUAUGUCCAAAGUUGAAAUGAUGCGAACAUAAUAAAUUACCAGGCUGGCUGAAAAGAAAUUUUUAAAGCGCUUUGGGAGGGCACGUUUUAUGACCUUUAGUAGUUUCGCAAGCAAUUUUCCUUACGACGUUUCGAAUGUUUUAUUUCCUCAUCAUCAGUCCUAUAAAGUGUGGUACAAUUUUUUUGUAAGUUUUUAAAUUUGUUUUUUUAUAUAUAUUUUUUGAAUUCAUAAUAGUUAAUUAAAUAAUAUGAGAUAGAAAAUUAAUGAAAGAACACUUACAAGUAAAAUUGCGGUCGUAAAAGGGUUAAUCAUCCUCAUUCAAUUUAGAAUUUAUUGAUAAAGAGAAAUAGAAAAGUAUUGUUAGUUUUCCCGUCGACAUGAGAGUGUUAGGUACUUUUGUGGCUCUUGUGGCACUCUCUAUGCCUCCUUUGAAUGGACAUUUUGGGAAGAAAUGUUCAAUUAACACUCAGAAGCUUCUUUCACUACUCAAUUUACUUUGCAAUUCAACACAAGUUACAGUGACUACCAGAGAUGCGUGCUAUGGUUGUUUUUUUCGUGCUGGAUCCCUAAAUCCUGGUGAUACUCAGGUGGCACUUUUAAGUCAAUGCGCUACAAUGUAUUUGGUCAACACAUCCUAUGCCCCAUGUAUUGCAACCUUAAUGCAACCAUCUGCGGUGUCAUCAUUAAGUCAUUGCUAUACCGGUCACUGUGCUUUCGUUCAGUGCAUAAGACGCUUCAAUAGUGCCCUCCUGGUGGAUGAAUGUAUGACUCAAGCCCUAGCUACUAAUCCCAAUUUUCAAACAACACAAGCUGGCCGAAUUGCCCUUCUUGGCAAUGCAACAGGUUGCAUUCUAGCACGUGCUCGAUGCUCACAAUUCAAUCCAAUCACCGGGGUGUAUCAAGGAACAACUCUAUCUGCUACAACAUUGCAAAUAGCACCUAAUGGAGAUCUAAGGGUUGUGGCUUUCCCUCCAAAUCUUCCCACCGUUGAACUCUUUUGCUCAAGCAGGAAUACUUUGGAUCAGGCUGUCUAUCAAGGGGCUAUAUGCUGAUUAAUCCAUAAAAAUUAUUUAUGUUCUUUUUUUUUUUAAUUUACGUGAAACCUCAUUGUAAGAAGGAAAUUAAAACAAUUCCACAUAGACAAUAAAAUAGACGUUUUUUUUUAUUUAAUUAGAAUGGGGAAG